AUGGACUUCUCUAAAAUUGAAACUUUAUCCAAGUUAAAUGCUUCAUUAGCUGGUAAAUCUUACGUCGAAGGUACUUCUGCCACUCAAUCCGACGUUGCUGCUUUCAAGGCUUUCCAAAACGCUUACCCAGAAUUCUCUAGAUGGUUCAACCACAUCUACUCUAAGUCCGAACAAUUCUCUUCUUUCCCAGCUGGUUCCGCUUCUGCUGCCGCUGAAGAAGAAGAUGAUGACGAUGUCGAUUUAUUCGGUUCCGAUGACGAUGCAGAUGAAGAAGCUGAAAAAUUAAAGGCUCAAAGAAUUGCUGAAUACAACGCCAGAAAGGCUAACAAGCCAGCCAAGGCUGCUGCCAAGUCUAUCGUCACCUUAGAUGUCAAGCCAUGGGAUGAUGAAACUGACUUAGAAGCCAUGUUAGCUCACGUUAAAUCCAUUGAAAUGGAAGGUUUAACUUGGGGUGCUCACCAAUUUAUUCCAAUUGGUUUCGGUAUUAAAAAGAUCCAAAUGAACUGUGUUGUUGAAGAUGAAAAGGUCUCUAUCGAUGAAUUACAACAAUUGAUCGAAGAAGAUGAAGACCACGUUCAAUCCACUGAUGUCGCUGCUAUGCAAAAAUUAUAA